AUGGAUACUGGCAGCGAAGAAAGUUUUAAAUCCGCUGGUGAUGUUGUUACUAGUAUUUCUACGGUAAACUCGACACCAACCGUAACACAGCAAGGACAUGAAAAUGUUUCGGGACGUUUUAAAGUUAUACGUAUCGAUGAACAAAGUGGCCAUGAGGCAAGUAAAUUACCAAGCCUAUUAAGUUCAAAAAUACCAUCUCCGACUGAAGGAGAAAAUGCAGUUAAAUUCAUAGAGAAUGCUAAUGAACAGGAAAAACAAAAAUUUGAGAUCGAAAAAAGUGGAGUAUCAAUUCGUUUUAAUAAUAAGCAGAGUAAAUUUGGUAUUGAAGGAAGUAUAGAAGACACCGAAGGAACAACAGAAAAAGAUGAUCCAACACUUUUAAAAAAUUUAUAUGAUUAUAAAGGUGGUACUUUUGAGUUGGGUCGAAAGGAGGAAAUGCACACAACGACCAGUGCAAAGUUGAACACAUUUUUUGGUGUUUUUUUACCAUGUGUACAAAACAUUGUUGGUGUAGUCGUUUUUAUUCGAAUGUAUUGGAUUGUUGGUGUAGCCGGUGUUAUUCAAGGAUUGUUUCUUAUUGGCUUAUGCUGUUUAUGUACAUUAUUAACAUCAAUUUCAAUGUCUGCAAUUGCAACGAAUGGGUUUGUACCAGCGGGUGGAUCAUAUUAUAUGAUAUCCAGAGCACUUGGAGAAAAAUUUGGCGGUAGCGUAGGUUUAUUGUUUUAUAUUGGAAAUGGUCUUGCUGGUGGAAUCUAUGUCUUAGGAGCUUGUGAAAUAUUAAUCAAAUAUAUUUGUCCUGCCAAGUGUCAUUUCUUUGGACCACCUAUUGAAAAUUCAAAAAGCGCAUUUAAUCAUUAUCGGAUUUAUGGUACAGUUAUGCUCAUUAUAUUGGGUGUCAUUGUUUUUCUGGGGAUUAAAAUUGUUAGUCGUAUUGUUGGUACAUUCAAAAGUGCUAUUUCUCCUCCGGAUCUUUCUAUCUGUAUUAUUGACAUUGAACCAAAACAUUUACUUAAAUCAUCUGUAUUGAAAAAUAAUGUGAAAAAAUAUUGUAUUGUAAAUCAAACAUGUACUAGUGAAGAAGAUUCAGAUAAAAAUAUUACUAUGAAAAACUUAACAAUUCUUUGUCCAUUGUACAAAGUUCUCUGUCACAGUAAUAAUUUAACUAGUCUUCAAUGUAAUCAUUUGCAACAUGUGAAAUUAAUCAACGGAAUACCAGGACUCAAAGAUAAUCAACUUAAAAAUAACUUAGGAUCUAUUUAUCAUAUUAAAGGAGAAGUUAAGAACGGUGUUAUGGGUGAUUCAAGUAUUGAAGUUGUAGCUACUGGUGUCACGUCAUUUCUUAUAUUAGUUGGCAUUUUUUUUCCAUCAGUUACUGGUAUCAUGGCUGGAUCAAAUCGCAGCGGAGAUUUGAAAGAUCCAAGUGCAUCAAUUCCACUAGGUACCAUUUCGGCAAUUAUAACAACGUCACUGAUUUAUUUUAUCAUAGCAAUACUUCUUGGAUGUACAGUACAAGGUAUUUUAUUACGCGACAAAAAUGGUUUGAGUAUUGAUCAACAAUUGGUUGAAGCAAUGGUGGCCUGGCCUAGUCCGUAUGUGAUUCUUGUGGGAGCCUUAUGUGCCUGUUUUGGUGCUGCUCUUCAAUGUUUAAUAGGAGCUCCCCGUCUGUUACAAGCCGUAGCCAAAGACGGCAUUAUUCCAAUGAUUGAACCGUUUCAAACAACAUAUCGUGGUGAACCACUUUACGCAUUAUUCUUAACACUUGGUUUAUCCGAAUUCUCAAUAUUAUUAGGUGAUUUUGACGUUGUUACUAGUCUCGUUAGUGAAUUUUUUCUCAUUUGUUAUUUUACCGUGAAUUUGGCAUGUUUUUUACAAACAAUUGUACGUGAACCAAGUUGGCGACCGCGAUUUCGUUGUUACCAUUGGAUUCUAUCAUUAGUAGGCGCAUUAUUAUGCUUAACUAUUAUGUUUAUUGCAUCGUGGUAUUUUGCAUUGAUAACGUGUGUCUUGGCAUUAUUCAUUUAUAAAUAUAUUGAGUAUACUGGUGCUACAAAAGAAUGGGGUGAAGGAUUACGUGGACUUGAUUAUGUGGCGGCACGUGUGGCACUUCAGCGACUAGAUAAUCAGCGUCCAACACAUACUAAAAAUUGGCGUCCACAGAUAUUGGCAUUUAUCAAAUGUAAAUAUACCACUAAACAUUGGUCGUUCUCACACGAAAAAUUUUUGGACAUUUUAUCUCAACUGAAAGCUGGAAAAGGUUUAAUUAUGACAGCAUCAGUACUCAAAGGACAAUUUAUAGAAAAACGAGAAAUAGGCGAACAAUUACAAUUUUAUUUAAAAGAACAACUUUUAAUUCAUCGUAUUGAUGGUUUUAUCGAUGUAUUGAUAACUGAGCAAAUUUUUGAUGGUAUUAGUCAUUUGAUUCAAACAAGUGGUGUAGGUGCAUUUCGACCCAAUACAGUAGCUUACGGAUGGCCUACAUCAUGGUCAACAUGGCAGAAUCAUGAAAAAGGACAUGAUUUGAUCGUCAAAUUUCUCGAUACCAUUCGUUUAGCAGAAGAAAAAAAAUAUGCUGUAAUAUUAUUGAAAAACAUAGACGCGUAUCCAUCAUUAUUAGAAUAUCAAAAUGGAUAUAUCGACAUAUGGUGGGUGAUCCACGAUGGUGGUCUUCUUUUUCUAUUAGCAUUUUUGUUUCAACAACAUGAUGUUUGGAAAAAAUGUAUUUUACGUCUGUUUACCGUAUGUAAUGGUAAAACACAAAAACCACAAGAAAUGAAAGAAAAUUUAGAAAAAUAUGUUUAUCAAUUACGUAUUCAUGCACAAGUAAAUAUUAUCGAGAUGCCUGAUCAAGAAAUAUCGGCUUACACUUAUCAACGUACAAUGAAAUUAGAAGAACGACAAGAUCUAUUACAACAAUUAAAAUUAAAUAUGAAUGAUUCAAAAAAGUUGACACCAUUCGAUAGUCAAUUAUUACCAGAUGAUGAAAAACAUCUAACAAAAUCUGAAUUAGAACAUAAAUUUCCAACAGUUUUUAAAAAUUAUCCAUCGAAUGAUAUUAAUUUACAUUAUACUUAUACUCCACAUAAUAUUCAAUCAGAACAAGAUUUUAAAUUAAAAUCACCGAUGGAAAAAUAUUCACCAAAAAAAUCAUCAAUCAUGGAAAAUGCAAUUGUAAUGAAAAAAAUGCAUUCAGCUGUACGAUUAAAUGAAGAAAUGAAAAAAGUUUCAUCCAAUGCAGUAUUAGUUUUAAUCAAUUUACCGUCACUACCAAAAACGACAUUAUCGGCCGAUUAUGCAUUUAUGGAAUUUUGUGAGGCAUUAACAGACGGUCUAUUCAGAUGUAUGCUAGUGAAAGGAAGCGGAAAAGAAGUAAUAACCAUUUUUUCUUGA